AUGUCCGAUCGAAAUCAUGAGUUGUGGCUCUACUCUUACUCCAAUGUGAUUUGUAUUCACCGGAUGCCACCCGAAAUUUCGUGUCACAUGUGUUUGAGAUAAUAUAUAUAAGGCCAUUAGGCUUUCUCAGACUUAGUACCUGGGUUUUUAUUCACUGGAGCACGUCGACGGUAUUCAGAAUGCAACUACUGGUGGUGAUUGGGACGUUGAUGUUGAUUGGAACCGUGUCAGGAGAGUUCUACAAUCCGAGAGGUUGGCGGCCAUCAGGACCAUCCUUUUCGCUGCAUCAAAACAAUCGAUUGCACUCGAACGAGUAUAAUAGCAAACCGGGAGAUCGGUACGGUCCACCUCCGGCAGACUCUUAUCCAGGUCCUUCAAAUUCUAUCACUCCAUCGGUGAAUGGCCCCGGAGGUACUUCAACAACAGAGCCGUCUCUGGGCACGAGGAUGACAGCGACAGCCAUGACAAUAACCACCCCUCGGACAAGGGAACCUACCACUCCAUUUAACCUUGAAGAUGAUGAUCCCCAAUUAAAUCCUGCUCUCGCAGUUGCCAAUUCUUUCGCGUUUAAUCGUCCUGUUUAUAUCUACAAUGGGUAUCCGCUUUAUCCUGGACUUACGUUUGUUAAAUGAAGUUUUAUUGUAAUU